AUGCUGGUCAACAACUUGUGUGAGUCUUUUAAUGCACAUAUUCUUGAGGCUAGAGACCAGCCAAUUAUAACAAUGCUGAAAAUGAUCAGGGAGUACCUUAUGGAUAGGAUCCGGAAGAGAAAAUCAGCAAUGGAAAGAUAUGAUAGCCCAACUGGACCUCUAAUCAACGAAAUUAUUGAAAAUAGGGUAAAAAUUGCAAGCCAGUGGAUGCCUAUUUGGAAUGCAAUGCAUGGCUACCAGGUGAAAGGACAAAGAGGGGCCCAAUUUGCUAUAGAUAUGAAGAAAAAGAACUGCAGUUACAGGUUAUGGGAGGUUAGUGGCAUUCCAUGUUGUCACGCCAUUGCUGCCAUUCUUUUGAGAAAUGAAGACCCACGGCAGUACUUGAAUAUUUGUUAUAGUAGGGGGCUAUUCUUGAAACUUUAUGAAAACGUGUUACAACCAAUUAGUGGUGAGGAUCAUUGGCUCCCAUCAACAAUGCCUGAAUUGGAGCCCCCGGUAUCAGUAACUCAACCUGGAAGGCCUAGAAAGGCUAGGAGAAGGGACACAACUGAAGGCAAGAAUCACGGUAGAAGACUAAGAAGAAGAAUCAUUAUUCAUUGUCGAAAAUGUGGGGAGGCUGGUCAUAAUGCAGCAACAUGCAAACAGCCAACCAAUGAACAAGGGCAGCAAGACACUUCAACUGAACCUGUGACGCAGCAAUCAAAUGCAAGAAGGAGGAGACAAACAUCAAAAAUACCACAGCAACAGCAGGUUGAUGAAGCUGCGCAUGAGCAGGCACAACAGCAACCAGGCCAGCAACAAUCACAUGAAGUCCAUGAUCAUGAACCUGGGCACCACCAACCACAACAACAGCAGCAAACAUCUACCCCAGGCCCGAGUGAAAAGACUUAUCCACCAACCCGUAGCAGGAAAACUUCAACUCGGAAACCACUCACUGAUGCAGAAAAAUGA